AUGCUGGAUGGCCAGCUAUUCUCCGAGGGGCCUAACAGCCCCCGGGAGCUCCAGGAUGAGGAGUCUGGCAGAUGUCUCUGGGUGCAGAAAUCCAAGCUGCUGGUGAUCCAAGUGAAGACUAUUUCCUGUCAUUAUAGUCACCGGACCCCUCUUCGACAGCCCAUGGACUUCCAGGCCAGCCACUGGGCCCGUGGUCCCCAGAGCCGCACGUGUGGGCCGCGCCUGGGAUCCCCUGAGCCGCUGCCCCGCCGGCCCUGGGCCUCCAGGGUGCUGCAGGAGGCGACCAACUGGCGGGCGGGGCCCCCGGCGGAGGCCCGAGCCCGGGAGCAAGAGAAAAGGAAAGCGGCAUCGCAGGAGCGGGAGGCCAAGGAGACCGAGAGAAAAAGGCGCAAGGCUGGUGGGGCCCGAAGGAGCCCCCUGGGUCGGCCCUGCCCGGAGGUCCGGAACGCCCCUCGGGUGGCCCAGCAUACAGGGCUACCAGCUCCGUCACGGCCCGAGCGCCUGGGGCUUGUAUGGCGACCGCCCCGUCCAUCCGCGCAGCUGCAGAGCGACCCAGAGGCAGCGUGGGCGGGGCCCUGGGGAGGUCGCAGGCCAGGGCCCCCCAGCUACGAGGCUCACCUGCUGCUGAGAGGCGCUGCUGGGACCGCCCCGCGACGCCGCUGGGACCGGCCACCACCCUACGUGGCUCCACCUUCUUAUGAAGGUCCCCAUAGAACCUUGGGGACUAAAAGAGGCCCCGAGCCCUCCCAAGCACCCGCCUCAUCAGCACCUGCGCCUACUCCGGCCAGGACGGAGGGUGGGUGCACAAAGAAGAGGCUGGAUCCUCGGAUCUACCGGGACGUCCUUGGGGCUUGGGGUCUCCGACAGGGGCGAGGUCUCUUGGGGGGAUCCCCAGGCUGUGGAACUGCCAGGCCAAGGCUGGAACCCCGCAAAAGAGCCACGGAGAAAAGCCUGGGGCUGGCUGAUGCUGGUCAGAACAAUAGUAGCGGUGGCUACCCCCAAGCCAAAGCUGCUGGGAGCCCAGGCACAGCGACAGCUCCUGCAGGGUCUGCAGCUGCUACUCCCAGUCCCCCGCGUCCGGCUCCUAGGUCCAGGCCCCAUGUCAAGGGCUCCUGGGAAGGGAAAGAAGGUAGAGAACAGAGCUGGCUCCCCAAAUGCUGGAUUUCCUCCCUUAAAAAGCAGCCACCCCGACUUAGCCAGACCCUCCCCAGACCCUGGGCUCCAGGAGGCACGGGAUGGAGAGAUUCUCUGGGUCAUAGAGAAGGAGCCAAGACCGAGACCUUGGCGGAUUGGAAGGCGACCCGCCGCGCCCACACCCUGCCCCGCAGUUCCCGUGGCCCUGUUCGUGGAGAAGGCGUCUUUGUCAUUGAUGCCACGCGUGUGGUGAUAAGGUCCCAAUAUGUUCCGACCCCUCGAACUCAGCAUGUGCAGUUUUUGCCCGCUGGGGUGCCACGCCCUGAGGGGGAUGCCCUUGGCCAACCAAAGCCCAACAAGAAGGAGGGCAAGGGGGCCGCUGUCUUUCCUCCUCCUUGCCAAAAGCUGCAGUUGAGCAGUCGCCUUUCGCACCAGCAGGGUGGAGGGCGCGGGUUCGAGGCUGAAGGCGGGAAGCCCGCGGACUCCUCAUUGGAGGAGCGCGCCUCCCGCAUCCUGGGGCUUCCAAUGGGCGAAGUAAACUUGCAGAAGGUCCCCUCACAGCCAGUUAGCUCAGAGCACUCAGCCUUAAGCCCAGUGGCUUCGGGAGGCGCGGGCAGUGCCAAGGGCUUGAGGGAGGUGGUGGCGGUCCCGCGGCCCACGAACCGGAGCUGGACGCGGAUCCCGGGGCCCUACGCCGGGGCCCUGCGGGAAGCCGUGUCCCGCAUCCGCCGUCACACCGCCCCGGACUCGGACUCGGACGAAGCUGCGGAGCUCAGUGUCCAUAGCGGCUCUUCUGAUGGAAGCGACACAGAAGCCUCUGGCGCCUCCUGGCGGAAUGAGAGGAUCCGGCCCCAGGAAGGCAGGAAGACAGCAGAGCUGAGCGACAGUAUCCGAGAGAUUAUAGAUGUCAUCAGCCGAACCGAGGAGGCCCUCUUUGGGGCGAGGGACACUAAGGGUACCCCACAGGGAAAUAGGGAGCGGCAGUAAGAGGCCUUUUCUUGUAUUCGUGUUCCCCAACCCAUCUAUCCUCCCUCACUGGUCCCCUUUCUUUCUCACAGACUUUUUUGUACC